GCGGUCGCGGGUGAGUGUGCCCGGGCUAGCGGCCUGGGUUGGGCUUUGUAGCUGCUCCGCAGGCCCAGCCCGGGCCGCGCUCGCAGAGUCCUAGCCGGUGCGCGGCCUCCUGCCUCCUCCCUCCUCGGCGGUCGCGGCCCGCCGGCCUCCGCGGUGCCUGCCUUCGCUCUCAGGUUGAGGAGCUCAAGCUUGGGAAAAUGGUGUGCAUUCCUUGUAUUGUCAUUCCAGUUCUGCUCUGGAUCUACAAAAAAUUCCUGGAGCCGUAUAUAUACUCUCUGGUUUCCCCCUUCGUUAGUCGUAUAUGGCCUAAGAAAGCAAUACAAGAAUCCAAUGAUACAAACAAAGGCAAAGUGGACUGUAAGGGUGCAGACAUGAAUGGAUUACCAACAAAAGGACCAACAGAAAUCUGUGAUAAAAAGAAAGACUAAAGAAAUUUUCCUAAAGGACCUCAUCAUUUAAAAAAUGGACCUGAUAAUAUGAAGCAUCUUCCUUGUAAUUGUCUCUGACCUUUUUAUCUGAGACCGGAAUUCAGAAUAGGAGUCUAGAU